AUGAAAAUUAAUCAAAUUUUUCCAAGAUCAGAUUGGCAAAAAUUCAUUCAAAUAAAUGAACAAGCAAAUCAAAGUUUAUUGAUGGGCAACUUCGAAUUGAAUAAAUCAAAUAUGUAUGAGUAUUUUUGUAAAGAAUUAAAAGCUUAUCUGAAUAAUAACAAUUUGAGGCAAACAUUCAAUUUUUUUCCAAGAAUCGCCAAUUAUGAUAAUUUCGAUUACGCUAAUCAAGAUGCUUACAUACCAUCAAUUAAAGAAUUAGUCGAAAAAUUCAAUUAUACUAUUGCAACAGUUUUAACUCGUCUGGAAAUUUGGGUUGCAUCACAUUUAAACCAAUGA